AUGAGCUUUGAACUUAGCGAUACAGAAAGUGAUGAUCCAGAUGAGAUCUGUUUGGAAACUGACAAUACAAAUCUUGAAACAUUCUAUCUUAUAUGGCUUGAUCCGCACGUCAAUACCGACAAGCAUCAUUUAGAAGCACAGCAACGAUUACGUGCUUUGAUAAGUCAUUUGGUAACGUUUGAUGAUGUUGAUACAUGCCGGAAAUAUAUUACUCAAGCGCCCCUUAAGCAUUAUCUUGUGCUGAUAGUUAGUGGUCAGUUGGGUCAGAAGUUGGUCCCUCGCAUUCAUCAUAUUAAUCAAGUCAUCAAUAUCUAUGUAUUUUGUGCUAAUAAAGCACUUCAUGAAAAAUGGGCAAAGGAAUUCCAAAAGGUCACAGCUAUAUUCGUUAGCGCCGAUGAUCUCAUUUCUCAAAUCGAAUUAGAUAAUAAAUAUCGACAAAAAUUGGCAGAAUCAUUGUCGUUCAAUACUUUUAACUUCAAUGACGUUCAAGCAGGACAGUCAACAGUAGGUCUCAAUGGUCAGUUUGUUUAUAACCAGGUGCUUAUGGAUGUCCUUCUUCGAAUAAAAUACAACAAAGCAGACAAAAGUGAACUCAUUAAACUGUGCAACACGCAAUACAGAAAAGACCCAACUGAGUUAGCAAUUGUAAAAGAAUUUCAGCACCAUUAUACUUCUGAAAAAGCAUUGUGGUGGUAUACCCGCGAUUGCUUCUUAUACAAGAUAUUAAACAAAGCAUUACGCAUGCAAGACAUUCAUGUACUCUUUCUUUUACGAUCGUUUUGUCUUGAUUUGUGCCAACAGCUACAAGAAAUUCAAUGUCAAUCUAAAAUUAAAGUGUACAGAGGUCAGCUGGUAUCGAAAAGCGAGCUGACCACUCUUAAAAAUUCACUCAAUCAACUUAUCUCAAUGAACUCAUUUUUUUCUACAAGUGUUAGUCCACAAGAAGCAUCAGCCUUCUUAUAUUCAAAGUAUACCUCGACCGAUCUAGAGCGAGUGAUUUUCGAAAUCGAUGCCAAUCCAAACGUAGUAACUACGAAACCAUUUGCCGAUAUCAGAUCACAAAGCGCUUUUGUUAAAGAAUCGGAAGUGUUGUUUAUGUUCGGUUCCAUAUUUCGUCUUGGUUCGAUUGAGAAAACCGGUGAUAAUAUUUGGAGAAUUAGAAUGACUUUGUGUGGAGAAAACGAGUCGGGUUUAAAAGCAGUGCUUCAACAUAUGACCAAUGAAUACGGAAGUAAAAAACCAAAUCUUCAUUUAUUGGGAAUGGUGCUGUGGAAGAUGGGCAAAUUUCAUCUCGCUGAAAAGUACUAUCAGCGUAUGAUCAGGGAGCUGCAAUUUAAUGAUCCCUUGAUCAUUGAUUUGUACACAGAUCUCAGUUCUAUAGCUGCCAUGCGAGGCUCCCUUGAUGACAGUAUUCACUGGAAGGAGAAGGCACUGGAAAUUAAAGCACAUCCAGCACAUAACACCACCGCUCUUACACCAAGAGUACUAGUGGCUGUGUCCACAGCAGGGUCAAAAAAGGUUGCAAGUGUUGCCUCAUCAACUCCUACCAAGAGUAUUUAUUAUGAAAUAGAGCAGCGCAUUGCUCAAGUUACCGACAGUAAGCAUAUGAUGUUCGAUCCAACACAACUACAUAAGUGUAGUCGAGAGGCAAGAAUGAUGGCUGUUGCUUGGAUUAUGGUUUGCAAAUUCGAUUGUAAGCUGUAUGGUGGAUUUGUACGUGAUUGGAUAGUUGGUCAAUAUCUAGGACGCCCAAAUAAUAUAACAGCUGAUAAUUGGAUUUUAUUUAACGAUUCGACAGCUCAUCUACACCCAGAAAUAGUACCUGCUGAUCUAGAUUGUUAUCUGCCGACACAUGGCUUGUAUGAUAUCGACGAAAUAUUGAAUGAGCUAGCAAAAUUACAAAUGGUGGUAAAUGUGCAUCGGGACCAAUGGAGAUAUUUAUUACUGGUGGAUCAAAAUGUAAAAACGGGUCCUUUUACAAUUGAUUUGAUCACACCACACAUUGGUAUAAAUAAAUACGACCGUAUCGAUUUCGAUGUAAACAAUCUCUUUGUUGAAAAGGAUUGUACAAAGCAUUUGGGUAUGCGAGUUGAUAUAACAUACCCUCCGUAUUCAAUUACUUUGGAGAAAAUAGUCGAUAAUAUACAGAAAAAACGUUUUUAUUUAUUGGCCGGGGACGAUAAUAAACCGUGUGCAACAGUUAUUGAAGAAAGAAUGAACAAAAUGAUAACUCGUGGCUGGAAACAAAUAGAUGAAACUCUGCCGCCAGUUGUACCAAAUCCGGGCCCACCAUCGAAUAUUGAAUUGACGCCGGUACCAAAGACUUCACCUGUUUAUCAAAAAAUAUUCGAAAAAAUGAAAUUGACUUUUGGAGGAAACGAUCUGAAAAUCAUUUCCAUCGAGCAAAUCAAGAAUGCAGAGUUAGAAAGCAUAUAUGAGCAAGCGAAGAAGGUGAUUCAAAAACAAACUGGACUUCCUGAUGGAAAUCAAAUGACGUUAUUUCACGGUGCUAAGGGAAUAACCAUUUCAAACGAAGAUAACUACAGUCGUAUUCAACUCAAGCCUAAAUAUAAACGAAUCAAGAGUUUGAUCGAACCCGGAAUUCUAAAACUGAAAUUUACAUUAAAUCGUCAAGUUAAACUUUUUUUCGUUUAUAAUUCAGGUUUACCACAACGAACUUUGUCUUUCAUUUUAGGCAAGGGAGCUUAUUUCAGUGAAAAUCCAAAGCUUCAGCAUGGGCGUACGUUUCCAGAUGAUGACAAUGAACGUGUUAUGUUUCAAGUAAAAGUACUGUUGGGCAAUGCACAAUCACUUAGUAGGCAUAAAAUUAAUUUAAAUUCGGUGCCAGAAAACUAUCACUCAGUUCAUGGCAUUUUCCCUCAAUUGCCAGACUCUGACGAGUUCAUCAUCUAUCGCUAUGGACAAGCUUUGCCUCAUUUAAAAAUAACCUACAGAUCAUAG